AUGACUACCACUCGCAGGGUUGUGUUUACUGUGCUUCUGUUGUUCCUUGCGUUACUUAUUACUGCAGGUCUCAUACUUAUUUUUGUCAGACCUUGGGCUAAGAAGAAGACCGAAGCUCCAGUCGGCAUCCCUGUUGAAGAACAUCCUAAAUUCAUCCAGGUAUUCACUUUACACGGCAGCGAGACCAAGACCAAUGACACCAGCAAAUACACUGUAAACAAACACACCGCUCUCAGCAGUGUGAUUUAUGAAUACUGCCUCAAGGACGACGCUCAGUGUACUCAGGUUAACUACGAGGACGCUGUGUUCUGGAAAUAUUCCGACAACACUAGUUAUGGAUACCCCAAACGCUUCAGCGUAAACGUUUCUGAGAAGAAGGGUUCAGUCACUUUCAAGGAUCAUUAUUGCUUUUACUGUUUUGAGGGUUCUAAGUGGAGACUCGAAUUCACUGCUAGGGAGAACUGUUUGAUCGAUCUUGACAUCGAUAAGAAAGAGUUUUCUGAAAAAUACUUUCUCAAGAAAGAUGGUCAGUACACAAGAUAUGUGCCCGAUUUCGGAUAUGCUUUUAAGUCUGUCAAGUGUCGCGGUGAACUUUUGUGGAAGACUGAUGACAUUAAUACUGCCUCACCCGGUGUAACCCUAAACGAAUUGCCUGAUGGUGAUACAACUGUUACUGUUAGGAUCGUUAACGGGGCUAACCAUGUUUUUAGGGUUAAGGCUACUUAA